AUGAACCUAAUGAUUCCCGGACCAGAACAACACAUUUUCGAGUGCAAAAACUUGACGAUGAUGACGACUGCAUCUACAGCGCCUUGGUUCGAAAUCUCUAGGAAGUGAAAGUUCUGAUAAUUUUCACUUUUUAGGUACUCAAGGAUCUACACCCCGCCAAUGGUUAUGCAAAUUUUGAAGGAUAUCUCGUUUGAAGCGAGAUCCGGGCAAAUUCAUGGGAUUAUCGGGUCUACUGGUAAGUUUUCUAAGUCACUUCGACUCAACUAUUAUUUCUUAUUUUUAGGUUCCGGAAAAUCGAAACUUCUGGAAGCCUUGGCUUCUGGAGCCGGUGGGGAUAUUGGUGGUACUGUAACUCUCGACAAGCAGCUUUUAACAAGUAAUUUUUACUAAUAAUCAAUAAAACCCAACUAAUUACCUUAACUUCAUAACAAAGUUAAGGAAAAAGGUUCUCGCAAAUCUGUUCUUUGGUCGAUUUUCGGACCAACUAUCCAGGCGGCUUGACAAUCCGACAAAUGCUCUAUUUCCAAGCGAAAUUCUUCCUUUCUGUCAAUUCCAAUGUUCUGGAAAUUGAGACAAGGGUGAGCGUUAGCAGCAAGUCAAAAUUAAUUCUUAAAAAACUUGCAACCGACCAAAAUCGGUUCUCGCGCAGAGGAAGCGUUAAGCCAUACGGACCAAAAAGCCAAAAAUUUACAGUUAAUGCAACUGAUGAUUAGCUUCGAUAUUGUUGGAUAUGCUGAUGAAAAGUUUGAAAGAUUGACGGAAAGUGCCAGGAGAAGAGUUUUGGUCGCAAUGGAGUUGGCCAAAGAUCCGUGUGGGUUUUGAUAAUUUUUAAAAGCGAAAUUGGCGUUCAGAAACUUAUUUUCAGCUAUAAAAACACUUUUUUUCUGACUCUAAAAGAACCGUAAUAGUAAGUCAAACACUAAAAACUUUGACAAAAAAAUAAGAAAAAUUAAAUUUUCAUCAUGUUAUUUUUUCAUUUAAAAAUAACAGUUUCUGAUUAAAAAAAUAACUUACUCAUUUGAUGUGCAAAUUCCAGCAAAUUUCCAUGAGUCUUUUCAAUUUUUUCUGUCCAUUUUUUGAAGACUUUGUAACGAUCAUACGAUUUUCCAAAGCGUCUUUUUUGAUCAUUGUGGAACGUUCUCUGAAAUUCAAAAUGAAAGAGUAAAGUCGUAAAAAAAACUGAAGACCUGAAUACGAUUUUUUAACACAAAAAACAACAAUUCUGAAAAUGCGGAGCGGCUUUGAAAGGUUGCUCCACCUAGAGUUACGGUAGACAGCUUGCGCGCGAACAUUUGAAUUUCUUGUUGCUCAAGUGCUUCAGGUGAUUUUUCAUGUUUAUUUCAGUUGUAUCUUUAUCUGUUUUGUUCUGAUUUACGGUAAUUAUUUUUUAUUGCGACAGCAAAAUGCGAAGGAACUUUUUUUUUUCAAUUUUCAAUGUUAACUGCUGGGUUUUGACAAAAUUUCCCCUUUAAAGCAAAAAAAAGCCUUUCAGACACAUUUUCAGUGUCAAAUUAAAUUUUUUAUUCGAAUCAAUCAAUCUCUUUCAUUUUCGCAACAUCAGAAUGGUAUGGCGAUGUUGCAGAGGAGAAAAAAAUACCACUAGGUGGAUGAACUAAACUAAAUCUGUGAAGAAAAACUUUUUUUAAUUUUUUUAAUAAGUGGGGAAAGACACAUAGAACCACAAUAAGUCCUUUUCGGCACAAAAUUUCACGUUUUUCACUGAAAAAAGGACUAUAACUAAUUUUGAGGGUGGAAGGUGUAAAAGUGUUCAGAAAAUAAGAAAAACUUUCACCCAAAUGUUUUUUUGUCAACUAGAAAAGGAAUUGUGAGAGGAUCGAUUUUUUUCAAGUCUGUAAUUUUGAAAAAACGCUAUUUUUCGAGGAAAAAAAAUUAUUUUCGAAUUUAAUGAGUAUGCGAGUUAGCGUCGCUCUGUGUAUGCACCAAAGGCGUCAAACAUUACGGGAAUCGUGGGAGGGGCGUCGUCAAAAGAACGCCGUGCUUCGCGUACCAAAAAAAAAAUUUUUUGAAGGAAAAAUAAAAUUAAAAGUUAUUAGAAUCACAAAAAUCAUCACCAUUAUUUAACCUUUUAGUAUGCACGUUUUAAAAACACUUGGAAACGAAUAAGAUGAGAAAAAAGUUCAAAAAAUGAUAAAAAUCGAAAUUUGAAAAAAUUGAAGGAGAGCUGCGUUUGUUGUGCAAAUGUGUAUACGUACUACACCGUUACCGUAAUCUUUUAAAGUUUUUCCGUGUUUUUUGUGCCGAAGCUGAGUAUUAAGGCCUUCAUUCAAAUUUUCAUAGCGUAUUUUCAGUGCUUCUUCUUCUCGACGAUCCCUUGUCAAAGAUGUCGCCCCUAUCCAGUUACCAACUGGUAUAUGCUCUUCAAUCCUAUGCGACUAAAAAUAAUCGAAUCGUCGUUGUCACUAUGAGAUCUCCGAGAUCAGAUGUCUAUCAGAUGCUGAAUACGAUGACUAUUCUUUAUUUUGGAGACGUCGCUUAUUCAGGUAUGAUGGCCACGUUUGGAAUGGCUCCAAGCGUCGGGGUCAAUAAAAGUUCUUUUUCAUGGAAAAUCAUAUGAUUUUUUUUUAGAUAACUUCCAUGCGUAAUAAACUUUUUAUCGUUUUAAAAAAGGACAUAAAAGUGAAAAUUAAAUUUUCCAGGCCCCACCAAAAAAAUGCCGUCCUACUUCCAAACUUCCGGCUUUCCUUGUCCAAUCAAUGAAAAUCCGGCUUCUUAUUACUGUGAGCAGCUUUAUAUUACAGUAACCGAUUUUUACAGUAUCCCUUUUAUCGAUUGAUCGAGAAACGCCGGAAAGGUUCGCCGAAACUCAAGAGCAGGCUUCGAUUUUGGUCCGAUUCCACAAGGUAUUCUUGCUUUUCAAUUCCGCCAGGCGCAAACCGUUUCAAGUCGGGCACACUUUAUAAAAAGCGCGCCAUUCCACUUGCGGCCAUCCUUUAUAAAGCUCAGUAAAUCAUACAUUUUCUGGAAGCUCUGAACUUCCUCUACAAAAUCAUUAUCAUAGUAAAUUGAAAAAAAAAUUCAGGAAAGAUGCCAAUCGCUUCAAAACGAGCCGCCUCGAAAUGGAAAUGUAACUCAUUUCAGUGUUAAUAAUCGUGCCGCUCUGUGCUAUUCGGAGCCGCCCAAUUCAGCUCAAAAGGCUGGGAUUUUAUUCAGGUUUUUCCAAAAAAUCCAUGGUUUUCCAUAUUUCUUCGAAAUUCAGAAGAUCGGUUUCACUAUUCAUAUCCGAUCCGAUAGAAUGUUUUAGCGCGGCCGUGGUUUUACCGGUUCUAUCAUUAUUUCUUUCGUUUUUCAGGUACUAUAUCAUUCUAUGCAGUUCUAGAAAAAAGGCCAAAAAAAUUUACCUCGAGUGGGAACGAACCCUUGACCUCACGCAUACCAUACAAGAGCCUUAACCACUGCUCUAUUGCAGUCCAAGCCUCCUAACCGGCUCAUCAACGGCUCCAUUUUCCGCAAUGGGUUAUUGGGAGUCCUCACUUCACUUAAUUUUCAUUUUCCAAGCCAUUUCUUUCCUACCUUUUUGUGAGUCUAUCAAGUGACCUCUUUAGAGUUUUUUUUUUCAGACGAGCGAAUGAGGACCCAGUAUUAUAGUGAAAGCCAGAUCUACCCGAGUUUCUUCUCAUUUUUCAUUUUUAUUGCGAUUUUUCACGAUGGCCAACGUUCCAGGAGUGCUAGGAGCUGUGGCGAUCUUAUUAUGGUUUCAAAAAAUCAGAAUUUUUUCUAGAAUCAGAAAAUUCCAGGUCAACCGAGGUCUCAUCAAUUCUAAUCUGGCUUGAAUCUUCCUUAUCAACUUUGAUACUAUCGAUUUUUUUCGCGUCGAUUUUUUCAGCCCUAUCCAAUUGGUUGAAAGAAACUCCAAUCGUUCUAACGGUCCAUUCGGCAGUUAUCUCAUUCUUCCUCAUGUUUGCUGAUGGUUGGAUGAGGUUGGCUGAUGUCUUUGGGUCAUGUGGGCAUUUGAAGCCAUUCCAAGGGUGUCUGACUUAGAAAAACCAGAGUAUUCUUACUAGGGAAUAGGGAAAAUACAUCCCUAUAGGGGACAACGAAGUGAUCCCUACAGUGGUUCCGGUUUCUCCCUUCAGCCUAAAGGCUUCUUUCCAAGCUUCAGUGGUCUCUAGAGAGGAACUUUGAAGGGCCUCUCAGGACGCCCCUAUAAAAAGUGCGGAAAACCUUUUUUUUAAAUUUUAAUAGUACGUUUCUCGCGACUUGAGAGGGCGGGGCUUCUCUGCGCACUCUCUAUCUCUCGACGUCUCUCUCAUGUUUACGUGCUAUUUCCAUGUUUUCUGACCUCUCCGGUGAGGGAACAGAGAGACGCAGACACGCGAAAACUGUGACUAUACCGUUCCUAGGCCUUUCCUAUUGAUCAAAGCUCCACAAUUUUCAGACCAUUCUAUACCGUAGCCAACUCGGUAUUACUGUACCUAUCCUUCCUGAAUCCUCUGAGAUUCACUAAUUUUCUAUUCACGAGAGACGUCAUUUCACGUCUUCCCAUCCAAAAUUGUACGCGAGAUGAGUCGGUUCCAGUUGACACGAAUACCUUGACGAGAUUUUGCAGGUUUGGAUUUUUUCUAAUAAAAUUUUAUUGAAAGUUCCAAAUUUCUAGUUUCAAAACUUGGUAGAGAAGUGAUAGAAGUGAUCUAAAAUGCUAUUUUUUUUUGAAAAUCACAGCCUUUUCAGUAGAUUUUAUCGAUUUAGAUGGACAAACGGCACGAAUUUCCUACAGGAGCUGUACUCAAAGUCCUACGAACCUGAUGAUCUACCGACAAAUUUGGCAAUUUUAUCAACGAUCAUCAUUUUUGCAAUGCUUUUCUCAGCCCUCCUGCACAUCAUUCCGAAGCCGUUUCCUAUUCAAAAAAAGAUGAAAUUUGUGAAAAAUCGAUAAUAAAUUCCUUAAGGGCACUUGUUUUCUUUAUAUUCUGAUCUCAAUUUAACUUCAAAGUUAUGAUUGCAGUUUAAAUUCUUUGACCCGACCCAAAACGGCUUGCGCGUUAAGACAUCGGGACUUCUCUGCGUCCUCCUCGUCUCUCGACGACCCUCUCUUGUUUACAUGCUGUUUCCAUGUUUCUCUAACCUUGCCGGUGAGGGAACGGAGAGACGCAGACACGUGAAAACUGUCAAGUCGCAGCGAAUGGACUAUAAGAAUUGAGGAAAAAAAAUGGGACGAAAUUCAUGGAAAACGAUUAAAAAAUCAUUAUGCAGAAGACAUGGCCGCAUUUGGAAUGGCUCAAGUUGUCAAAAACGGCUUGCGCGUAAAGAAAUCCAAAAGAAGUAAAAAAAAAGGCGGACUUCUCUGCGCCCUCCUCGUCUCUCGACGACCCUCUCAUGUUUACGUGCUAUUUCCAUGUUUCUCUAACCUCGCCGGCGAGGGAGCAGAGAGACGCAGACACGCGAGAACUGUCAAGUAA